CCCCCCCCCCCCCCCCCCUCCGCCCCGCUAUAACGAAAGAUUACCUUGAGCUGAGUGUGGACAUGUGUUGACGACCACUGCGAACACAACAGCUACCGACAGGAGAUCGCUGAGUACAGUGUAUUCUCCGUUCUCAAGUGGGAUCCGAGUGAUUUUUAACGGAUGUCAUUGUGGUGGUCAGCGAUGGGAGAGGGUUCUGAACGCCUCUCCACCGUAGGAUGGUAGCUUACAGCACAGUGGAAGGCCAUGGCAGCACCUGCACAUCCUCCUCCUCCACAUCCUCCUCUUCCUCCUCCUCUUCCUCCCGCGCUCUACCCCGUCCCGCGGGCCGUCCCCACCACUGCCCCCAAGCGGAGCCCGUCCGGCCCUGGGGCGAUGGGGCUCCCCAGAACCCGGGACCCCAGCCCGGGGCGGCCAAGCCGCUCUCGGCCCUCGCCACCCACUUCCCGCCCUUCUCGUCCCAGAAGGACUUCUGCAUCAUCACGGACACGGCCUCCCAGCUGGAGCGCAGCGGCUUCUACUGGGGGCCCCUGGGCGUGGAGGAGGCCCACGGCAUGCUCCGGGACGCCCCGCUCGGCAGCUACCUGGUGCGGGACAGCCGGCAGAAGGACGUGUUCUUCACGCUGUCGUACCGCGCCGAGGCGGGCGCGGUCAGCGUGCGCAUCGUGUACCGCCGGCAGCGCUUCGGCCUGGCGGGCAGCGAGCGCAGCUUCGCGGGGCUCUUCGAGCUGCUGCAGCACUACGUGGCCUCGCCCAAGAGGAGCCUGGGCGCCCCCUACAGGAAGCGCAUGGCCACGCUGCAGGAGCUGUGCCGGCGGCGCGUCGCCGAGGCCUGCGGCGGCCGCAGCGGGGUCCUGCAGCUGCCCGUGUCCGGGAUCCUCAGAGACUUCCUGCAGGAGUUCCCUUAUAGCCUGUGAGGGGCGAGGUGGAGGAGGUGGAGGUGGAAGAGGAGAGGGAGGAGGAGGAGGAGGAGGUGGAAGAGGAGAGGGAGGAGGAGAGGGAGGAGGAGAGGGAGGAGGAGAGGGAGGAGGAGGUGGCAAGGGGGACUGCUCGGGAUCCCAUCAGGACCCGGACUCAGUGUCUCUGGGGAGCAGGAGACUUUGGACGGGCUGUCAGAUGGCUCAGGGGACCGGUGUGAGGAUGCGCGGGUUCGCCGUGCCGUGGACUUGCGUGCCUUCCCGGGGGAGACCCUGGAGCUGACGGGACGCACCGGCAGCACGCUGGGAGGACGCUGCGUUCGGAGACCACUACAGCGGCAGGGGAACCAAGAAGAGGACGGUUGAACCCGGCGCCGGGGUCCUGCGAUGGCCCCUGGUUCAGUGCCCCCCCCCCCGCCAUGGGGUCAGUGUCGGGGCCCUUCGGGGCCAUCGGGACCCUGGAGGCGGCCCUGUUGGACUUUGAUGGCCCUCAGAGGGGCCACAUGGAGUUGGGCCUGCAUGAGCCUAAGUGACGGGGAAGUGACGAAUGUUUUUUUUGUUUCUAUGUUUGCGACUUACUUGAACACUCAACAGAAUUGUUUACCUACAGUAUUAGCACCUCAAACAGCCCGGGCAGCUUCCACCACCACUUUCAAGCGGUUUCAAAGAAACAGAAUUAGUUGGAAACUAUUACGAAUAAAUCAGCUUGUUGAUUGUACUAUGUUAGUUUGGUGCAACGAAGGAGGGUUUAGCAAGUGGUUAUUUUAUGCACAUAGCACCACGAAGUGUUUUGAUUUGUAAUUACUCUGAAACUAAACAUGAUAUUUGUGGUUUUUUUCAUACCAAAUAUUAACACUGUUAUUUCAUGGUUCAGUUAAAGUUGUCAGUAAUGCUGUGUGUAGCUUUGUUCCGUCCGUUGUUUUAUUUAUUCAUGUGAAUUUCUGACUAACCAAGUUUGGAAGAGAGAUCAUUAUUUAGAUAUUUUUGUAUCAAUAAUAUAUUUCAAACAAAAUAAAAAAAAGAUAUUUUCAAAAGGAC